AUGUCUCCCCAUAGUCCGACAAAAAGCAAUGGCCAACGUGUUGAGAAGAAAACACGUUUUGAAGAUAGUAGUAGUCCCAAUGAAAGCUCGCCCAUACAGCUGGAUGACGAGGAAGAGCCAUCUAAAUACAUCAACCACGAAAUCAAGCUCGAGGAGCACCUUAACUACCCACAGACCAAUGACUCAGUCAAAAGUUGGCCAAUACUAAGAUCAAAAUCACUCCCAAUCGGAAAAUGGAGGUCUAACACAGAAUCCAGGUUGUCAAUUCCCAUCACCCGAUCUAAAAGUGAAGCAAGAGAGAAGAGAUCUGAACACGAAGAUAAUCUGAAAACAGAGACAGUAGUAUUCGAUAACGAAUUCAAGUGGAAAUAUCCGAAAGUAAAACUGAAUUCAUCAGUAGUCCAGCCUCUAACUGUUUCCUCUUUUGAAGAUGGAAGUUCAGAACCGGUUACAGGACCUGUAAGCUCUUUGGCAAAUUCAAAUAAAGCUAAAAGCCUGGAUAUAAAGGCUGCUAGUGCCAAAGCCGAAUCAAACAACAAUGUGAACUCAGCUAAUAUGGAUUAUGAAACGCUAGCUUUUCUCAACCACCCAAACAGUCGGGUUCCUGAAGUAGGAGUUGGACCUUCAAAAAAUUUUAUGACAUCCCCUAUAGCUGAAACUGGCAACACGAACAAAGACAUACCAGCAAAGUUUGACCAACCUACUGAUAGCUCAAAGGAAACCGUUGGUCUUAAACUACUGGACACUUCGACUUCUGAUGUCAUGUUUGGCUCUUCUGUUCACUCCGCGUAUCAAAAAACUGAGACAAAAGAAUACUCAAAUGAGGUCGGAAAUGAAACGGCCUCUUUUGCACCCAGUAGCAUCUACUCUGAAAAGGCUGGCAAAUACAGAGAGCAUGGAAGCUGGAAGAGCCCGUUUUACGUAGGAUGUAUCCUCGUCUUACUUGGUUCGUUAAUCGCUUCUCUAGCAAUAUUGGUGCCAUUAGUGACGGAACUAAUCGGCGGAACAACCACGACUAUCUUCAACUAUAUGAACAGGGUAUCACCAACGGAGAGGCAGAAACUUAUUGAUCAGUUGAUUUCGCAUUAUAACUUAUCUACAACCAAUACUUCUUUCUCAGUUUCUCCAAAAAUAAUGAUCCAGAUUCCACCUGCAAAUAACUUUACCCAGGAUGAAACUCAGAAUUCGUAUGCAGGUCUAAACAAAAAAUUCCAUAAUAAUACAGAAUUGAAAAGCUUAAUGUCAGACAAAAGGCUGCAGAAAUCAAUUUAUGGAGUCAAUUACGCACCAAGAGGAUCCUUACAACCAAUGUGUGGUGUAAAUUAUGACCAGGUUGUUUUAGAUUUGGGUGUUCUAUCAAUGGUGACUUCGAGACUAAAACUGUAUGGCUUACAAUGUCAACAGGCUGCUUAUGUUUUGGAUGUAAUUCAGGAUAUGGGCCUCAACAUGACGGUAUCGAUUGGCGUUUGGUUAAAUAGUGAUAGACAAUCAAAUGAAAAUCAGAUAUCAGACCUCCAAAAGAUCCUGCUUAAAGUCAGAAGGGAUCAGAUUGAUACUAUCUUUGUUGGCAAUGAAGUCCUAUGGAGGCACGAGUUGUCUACUGAUGCACUGUUUCAAUAUAUUAAGCAAGUUAAGAGAAUCGUUCAACAAUUGGGAUGGUAUGACCUACCAGUGGGAACCAAUGAACAUUACUCAUGUGUGAAAGAGGACUGGGCUGACCAAUUAGACAUUCUCGGAGUAAAUUUACACCCUUUUUUCAAUGGAACUACCGCAAAAAUAGCUCCAGGUUGGGUAAAUAGCACUUUGUACAAUAUCUGUUCUACAAAAUCUUGCAUGGAAAAAAUUGUUAUUGGGGAAACAGGUUGGCCCUAUCAAGGGGGGAGUUUCAUUGAUGCAAUAGCAAAAAAGAAAAACUAUGAUUUGUACCUUAAAGGCUUUAGUGCGUUGGCACGGCAUCUCAAGAUCCCUUGGUACUGGUUUGAAGCCUUCGAUGAACCUUGGAAAAAGAUAUAUGAAAACGGGGAAAAUAAAUGGGAAACUGAAUGGGGUCUAUUCACAGUCGAUAGAAAACUCAAAGAGGGUGUUAAAUUGCCAAAAUAUUAG